AUGGUAGGGAAGCACUUAGCACACAUACAGGGUUCGCCUCACUCUAUUCUUGACUGGCGGCAGGAGAGGGAGGACUUGGGGAGCUCAGCUGGGAUCAGAGGGGAACGACCUCUUCUGGUAAACAAUCAGUUAUGGACUCAGAUAUUUCUUGAUCGGGAUAUAAAUACCCGUACAACUAUUUAUAUUUCCCUUGGGAGGAGACCCCUUCUUGGACAUAUACUUGAUCGGGAUACCCGGCUGGAAAAUGACUCCAUUUAUGCCUUUUGCCAGGCCUUGGAGUUUGGUGAUAAAAUGGAUAAUGCGCUCUAUUUCAUUGUAUAUACCCAAUCAGAUCAAAAGCUUUGUGGGUCUAGGUUGAAUAGAGUGUUGUGCCAGGUUUUGCAUCUCUUGUAUGUCAAGAAAAUUGAUGGAAAUUGUGAAAAGAAUACUGCACAUAUUGGUACUUUAGAAUCAUCCAUAGUAAUUUGGGAAUCUUAG